GUUAUACCUCGCCACGCGCUAUAGCCAUUAGCCGCCCUCCGUGGCUUCCUAAUUAGAAACUUUAUAUAUAAAACCUUAGUCUACUCUACCCAAACCUAAUCUCUCAAUUCUUUUACACAUUUUCAUCUUCUCUUAAUCUCCCUUUUUUUUUUUUCUUACAAAUAUAUAUCUUUUGUUGGUUUUUGAAGAUCUUUCAAAGAUGAGUUCAAGUGAUCAUCAGCCUGCAGCGGCAUAUCCUCCAAGUUCACAAGGUCUUUAUGUAGUGGCUCCACCACCGGCUGGGUAUCCUACAAAAGAUGGCUCCGGCUACUCUAAUGCUCAGAAUCCUCCUCCUCCGGUGGAAACCAAGUCUAGGGGCGAUGGCAUGUUGAAGGGAUGUUUGGCUGCCUUGUGUUGCUGCUGUGCACUGGACGCAUGCUUCUAAUCAUCGACAUAUAGAGUAAUACUUUUGGAUUCCUUCUAUGUGAAAGUCGACCAUGUGAUAGGAUACUUGACUUCAUUUUCUUCUUGUUUUGUUAUUUUUACACCAGUACUGUAUUUCUUUUUAGAGGUUGAUUUCUUCUUCUUCUUGUAUGUGUUGUUCUUUAUUAUAGUAGUAUGUAGAGUACUUUACUGCUUGCUUUA